AUGCCACUCUAUGCAAAGUUCCUGAAGGAGAUAUUGGCAAACAAAAGGAAACUGGGAGACGUGGCUACAGUUGCACUGAAUGAAGAAUGCUCAGCAAUCCUCCUCAACAAGUUGCCUCAGAAACUGAAAGAUCUAGGAAGUUUCACUAUUCCUUGCACUAUAGGAAAUUUGAAAAUUAAUAAGGCAUUGUGUGAUCUAGGAGCUAGUAUAAAUUUGAUGCCAUAUUUGGUUUUUAAGAAAUUAGGGUUGGGUGAACUCCAACCCACUAGAGUUGCAUUACAGUUAGCUGAUAGGUCCAUCAAGCAUCCUAGGGGAAUCAUAGAAGAUGUACUUGUUAAAGUUGGCAAAUUCAUUUUUCCUGUGGAUUUCAUAGUUCUAGACAUGGAAGAGGACGUUGAUGUCCCACUUAUCCUAGGGCAACCUUUCCUAGCUACGGGAAAGGCAACGGUUGAUGUCCAACAAGGACAACUCAGCCUUAGGAUUCAGGAUGAGGAAGUAACUUUUAAAAUGUCUGAUGCAAUGAAACAUGCAUCUUCUAGUGAUGAUUUGAUGGGAAUAAAAAGUGAACUAGAAUAUAUUCCUAAAAUUGAGAGGACAACCCGUCAUUUGAGAAGGGAGGCUAAGCAAAGGAAGGGUCGUUCACCUCCAAGGGUGAAUUCUGAUAUUGACUUGACAACUGGUGAGGACCCUCACAAGCAUCUUAAAGAGUUCCAUGUUGUCUCUUCAAGCAUGAAACCAUAG